GAGAGAGAGAGAAUGAAAGGGAAAACACCAGCACGAAACGGGACAGUGUACUCGCGUGUACUUUAGUAUAUGUGUCUUUGCAGGGACUACAAAAAUAUAUGUUUUUAUCAUAUGGAUAUAGAUUUAAAUAUUAGCGCCUUUUUCAAGACUUCGUGUUUGGAGUCGCGUGUAACCAUGCAUUACCUUGACCAAAUACGUACAAUGAUGGAUGACAGAUGCGCGUGAACGAGUCGGCGCGAGGGACGAACGUUACCGUUAAGAUGUAAAAGUGACUUUUUUGGAUACUGGACCUUAAACGGAUUGGUGAUUUUCGUUCAUGUGAAGUCUCAAGCUGACAGACGGACUUGGUCCUAAUUUGGAGACCACCUUUGGUUGAAGUAAGUCCCAGGGAGUUUGCUGUACCAUGCUUGGCACUUUUCAUGUGGACUAACGUCUUCCUCUGGACAGUAUUUGAAGCUUUAAAUGUGACCCUUUUUGUCUUUUGGGAGGGUGUAUCAGCUUUCUAAAGCAAUUGCAACUAUCGGCAAACCACCGGGAAUUAGGGAAUACUCUGGUCUAUUAGUCCGAAAACACAAGGGAAUAAAUUAAAAAGUUCCGGCUAUUCACAAGAGCAGAAAUUAAGUAAAUCCCACAUCUAUAUAGUAAAAUAAAGGCCAUUAAACGAAAUAAUGAGGGGAACAGGCCAUUAAGGGAAUACGUAUGCAUACAAAGUUAUAGUCUCUGCAAGCAUGAAUUAUAUAUCGCUCUUAGUUUUCAUGGAGUAAUUGUAUCUUCAUGUCAACAUCAUGCAUAGCUCAUGUGAACCAAUAACAAGAUUCAGCAGAUGAACUAUGCAUUAUGGAUCCGUUCAACAGCACAGAUGAGUUUUUCCUCAUCAAUGCUACGGUCAGUCCCACAACUCUGGAACCCUUGGAUGAUGCUACACUCCUUAGCCUUCAGAUCUCCAUCUCCGCAAUGCUAGCAAUAGUCACUUUGGCCACCGCUCUGUCCAACGCCUUUGUGAUCGCCACCAUCUUUCUAACCCGCAAGCUUCACACCCCCGCCAACUUCCUGAUAGGCUCUCUCGCAGUGACGGACUUGCUGGUGUCUAUUUUGGUAAUGCCGAUCAGCAUCGUGUAUACGGUCAGUAAGACUUGGACGCUGGGACAGAUAGUUUGCGAUAUUUGGCUAUCAUCCGACAUAACUUUCUGCACGGCCUCGAUCUUGCACCUGUGCGUGAUCGCGUUGGACAGAUACUGGGCCAUUACUGACGCCCUGGAGUACUCGAAGCGGCGUACCGUACGGCGGGUGGCAAUGAUGGUCGCAGUAGUGUGGGUGAUCUCUGUGUCUAUUUCUAUGCCUCCUCUGUUCUGGAGGCAAGCCAAGGCUCGCGAGGAGCUAACGGAAUGCAUGGUGAACACGGACCAGAUCUCCUACACGCUGUACUCUACGUUCGGUGCUUUUUACGUUCCAACGGUUCUUUUGAUCAUUCUGUACGGCCGUAUAUACGUGGCGGCUCGUUCACGGAUCUUCAAAACGCCGGCAACGAGCGGGAAACGCUUUACGGCAGCACAACUCAUCCAAAACUCAACAGGCUCAUCGCUCUGCUCCCUGAACUCCACGUCGAAUCAGGAGGGACAGAUUCAUCCUAGUGGUGGAGGAGCGGGUGGAGCAGGUGGAGCAGGUGGAGGUGGAUCUCCUCUGUUCACAAACAGUGUGAAAGUUAAGUUGGCCGAUAGUGUCCUGGAAAGAAAGCGUCUUUGUGCCGCCCGAGAGAAGAAGGCCACUAAAACCCUUGGGAUUAUCCUGGGUGCGUUUAUUGUGUGCUGGCUUCCAUUCUUCGUGUUUACUCUGGUGAUGGGGAUCUGUAAAGACUGUUGGUUUCAUCCUGUGCUCUUUGAUGUCUUCACCUGGCUGGGAUACCUUAACUCGCUCAUCAACCCAGUCAUUUACACUGCCUUCAACGACGAUUUCAAACAAGCCUUUCACAAACUCACAAAGUUUAAAAGAUGCUACUGAGAGAGAAUAUGUUAAUCCACCUAUCGUCUUUUGACAUAUGCGACUUAAUUAGCCGGAAAUAUUUGAAACCUAUAAACUACAUCUGCUGUGGAAAACUUUAAUAGCCAUACCCGACAUAUAUUUCCAGAACGCAAUCAUAGUGUCAAUGUAGAUCAGUGUUUAAAGAAAUCUAAUGAGAGACCCUGUAAAAUAUUGUGCCAUAUUGUUGAUGCUUCCUCGUAGCUUAUGAAUGCAUGCUAAGAGUCUGAACCCAUUGCUAGAGAGCCACAUCCUGCUGUCUCCGUAUUCAAUAGCUAUCUACAGUAUGAACUGCCUUAUUUAACACAGACUGAAAUGAAAAUGAAAUACAGACUUUAUUUUAAACUAAAACAAGGUUGAGGUUUCCAUAGGAACAAGAAACAGUGCAUGGCCUCAGAGGAGCGUACUGAAAUAAAGGUUCAUGGAAAUUAGCCUAGACUCCCUAAAUAAAAUAUUAAUAACAGAACAUAAAAACAAGUUUUGUGUUUUCCUGCAUUCAUGUGCAAGUUGUUUUCAUCAAAGCUUGAUGGGGUCUUAUGAUCAUAGAUGAUGACAGUGUGUAGACGCUGUGGCUCAAUCUCAUAUGCACCCAGCAAACAAUAGCCAUCAUCACCAUCUAGGUUCACUGUUAAAAAUGUCUGUAGAAAUUACAAUAAUACUGGCAGCUGUUUGCCAAUAACUAACCGUAGAUUUAAAAGGAGAAAUUUCACAAUACUUUUUUAAGAUGUCAAAUAAAUCUUUGGUGUGUCCAGA